AGAGAGCUCUACAGGAUAGGGCAGUUCUGUGCGAUGGGAUGUGCGCCCUCCGGCCCUCGAGACCAUGCUCAAAGUCUCGACGAACGAUUCGCUGCACCUCCACCUUUGGCCGUAAACAUCGGCAGUGGAGUGCGAAGUGGUGACGGUCUACAGCAUCACAUUAUCUUCAUUUUUGGUGGUCCAGGAUCUCAAAAGGGCCUAGUAAUCGAGGAACUGAUUCAUCGAUUCGGAUUCGUUUCAAUCAAUGUCGAAGACAUAAUCUUCAAUUAUUUGCCGGGUAAAGUCGCCAACACCGUCGAAAGCACUGCGGAUAUUCAAAAGAUGCUCAAGAGAGAUACGGGUACGCUAUCGGUCGAUUGGAUAUUUUCGAUGGUUAGCGCAAAAUUGGGUACUUCAGCUCAUCAACGUUUUGUUGUAGAUAUUGUUCCUACCUUAAGUUCCAUAUCAAGAGCGGAUAGCUUCGUUGACACGAAUCAUGAAAGGUGUUUGGAAAACUUCGAGAGAAGGUAUCCAGUGAUGUUUGGCUUGGAGCUGGACGUCUGCGACGAGGUUGCCAUGCUCGAUCGAAACGGUAACGUACCGAACAAGGACACGACGGCUAAAAAUGUUGUGCAAAAUGGCCUCAGUAGGGAUAUCGACACAGCGGACAGGGGCAAGCUGGAGAAGCGAAUCCAUCAGCACCACCUCUGCGCUCGACCGUUCAUUCAAUAUUUUUCAAAAACGAAGCGAAUGGUUCGAGUGAGUGUGCCGGAACAAGCACCGAACGUCGUGUCCACGGUGUCGUCAAUUCUUUUUGAAUUCGGUUUCACAGAGCAGCGAGCACCCGGACGAGUGAUCGUAUUCGGAACAGAUGACGAUGCGUUCGAAGAGAUUGACUUUGACUACUACAGGAUGCGAAAAGUUAGACUCAGUGACGUCAUCAAAGAUCGCAAAGCAUCCAUGGAUGCUCAGGUGUUGGCACUCUAUCGCUAUAUAGCAAAAGUUGGUGGAAGUGACGAUAAUUUUGGCGUUGUGAUGGAUACGAUGAACAAUACGGAAAUCAAUCACAAAAGAACUAUACACUUUUACGAGGAGACGUCAGCAUACUUGGACGAGUUCAUCAAGAACAGGGCAAACAGGCGUCCUGUUAUGCGAGUGCGUCUGAGUCUUAACACCAUCACGUCCACCAAUCACGACACGCUGCUCUUUCUUGAGCACUUUCCUCGAAAUUUAGCGCUGAAAAUUGGACUCCUGUUCAACGAUGAGAGACCGCUCACUGCCGAUGGCCUAGAGAGCUGACGGCACGGCGCCGCGUCAACGAAUGAGACGUUGGCAGUUCCGGAAGAUUCAUCAAGGCCUGUGCGAUCUCCAUUGAUAUUCCGACCAAAACAUAACAACAGCAACAGCCAUCUCUAGGUGACGCGGUGCAUUCGGGGUGAUAAUCAGCUCUACGGGUGCCUUAUGUAUAUACGAAUCUAGCACUUCCGUUCUUUAUCGUAUUUUCCCAUGCAAAUCACACAGACAUGACAUUCCGUUGUGUUUCUGCCUUCUCAGAACUUCCUGAUUCUUAGAUCUUCCUGAUUAGAAAAAAAUUAGGCAUUUCGGUACUGUAGAUUUCCCUUUCGGUAGGAGAUUGCCCCAAUCCGUGGUGCUACCAUUUUUUUCAAAGUUCAAGGCACUGUCCAACCAAACAUAGCGUGCUGAGAUUUUGAUGCUGUAUGAUAACUGGGCCCAUAACAAUCACCCAGAUUUCGCUGCAAAAGGUGGACUCCGAAGGAAAGAUCUCGAUUCAGAACGUAGCGGCCAAGAUGAUUCCGCCAAUCAACGUGGGUGUUCUGGAGGUUCUGGAGAUGAUAAGCC